AUGCUUUAAAAAAUUGUUGCAAUCUUGCUAAUUUGUAAUCUGAUUUAUUGCAUUCCUUAAGGGUUUGUCUAUUUGUCAGAAUUUGAUCCCACUAUUUUAUAAGAUAUUAGAUACCAUGGAUUCCAUAAUUUUGUAGGUAGGCCAAUAGUUGGCUAUAACGCAUCUGAGUGUAUUCUGACAAUUGAAGCAGCUUAAAACAUUUCUCUAGCCUAAAAAGAAUUUCUUUCUUAAGGUUAUUCGAUUAAAGUUUAUGAUUGCUACAGACCUUAAAAAGCCGUUGAAGAUUUUUAUUAAUGGUCUUUGAAUUUUUCAGAUUCUUUGAUGAAAAACGAAUUCUAUCCAUUACUAAACAAAGAUUAACUAUUCCCUGAUUACAUCUCUAGAACUUCAAAUCACUGUAAAGGAUCUACUCUCGAUUUAGCUCUUGUAAAACUUCCUGCAUAACCAUCUGAGAAAUAUUAUCCAGGAAUGAAUUUAACAUCAUGCUUUGCUAAUAUCACUGAACGUUUCCAUGAUAAUAUUAUUGACUUUGGUACGGGUUUCGAUUGUAUGGAUCCUUUAUCAAAUACUGCUAACCCUAACAUAACUUCAAUUUAAGCCUUCCACAGAUAAUUUUUAAAUGACACACUUGCAAAAUACGGAUUCGUUAAUUAUGCAGGAGAGUGGUGGCAUUAUACACUCACUCCUUAGCCUUAUGAAACUUCUUUUGAUUUUAAUGUAGACCCUAUAGAUAAAAUUGAAGGAUAAACAUAUCUUUUAUGA